GAGAUUAAUGUCAUUCCAUCUGUCCCCAUAGAUUUUUCCCACUUGAAGCAAAAACCUGAGAAUCUCCCUAAGUGCAUAUGCUGCUGAAUGGAGCAUCCAGUCUUCCUCUAAAUGACUGUCUUUUUUACACUUUUACACAGCCUGGGCCUACUGUGGGCCAGUCAUCUGCUUUCUUUGCCAAAGCUUGAACAUGAAUACAGCAAUGUCAACUCAAAGGCUUACUAGAAACUCCCAGCUACGAAACAGAAUUUCUCAAGGCAAUAAUAGUCGUCAGACCAGUCUCUUAGACUGGAAGGUGAAAGACAAAUCAGGCAACUCCAAGAGUGUCUCGAAAGAAAUCAGUUCGAUGGAAGAUUCUAAACAUGCUGAUGAGCAAACUGAAGAUGCUCUGCAGAUAGCCAUAGGAUACUUCCAGAAAGGUCCUAAGAAAGCUUCACUGAGUAAAGAUAUGGUCUUGGGAAAACACUUGAAAACCGUGGAAAAUGUGGCUUUGAACAACGGCUUAGCUCCAGAAGCAAUUGAUAUUUUAUUGAAUGUAGCACUCAGUGGCAAGUUUGGGAAUGCUGUAAACACACGGAUAUUGAAGUGCUUGAUUCCAGAAACUCACAUAGCCGAAGACUCUGUGCUUAAGGCAGUAUCCUGGCUCUGUGUUGACAAGUGUUCUGGUAAUAUCAAGGUACUUUUUUAUCGUUGGUUGGUUGCAAUGUUUGACUUUAUUGAUCAUAAGAAGCAAAUUAAUUCACUGUAUGGCUUCUUUUUUGCUUCAUUGCAAGAUGAUACUCUGUGCCCUUAUGUUUGCCAUUUGUUAUAUUUACUGACCAAGAAAGAGAAUGUCAAACCAUUUCGUGCGAGAAAAUUGCUUGAUCUCCAGGCCAAAAUGGGAAUGCAGCCCCACCUCCAGGCUUUGUUGUCACUGUAUAAGUUCUUCGCUCCUGCUUUGAUUUCUGUAUCUUUGCCUGUAAGGAAGAAGAUGUUUUUUAAUAAUUCAAGAAAUCUGUGGAGUUCAGCUCUCCUUGCUGUGAAGCUUAGGAACCAAGGAGUUUUUCCGGAACCUCUAAAGCUUCCAUUAGGUCCAACUACUGGCCAUUCUCUAAAAAGAAAAUGGAAUUCUCACUCAGUUAUACCAGCACUAAAUUCUGCAAACAAAGACUAUGGAGAAAAGCAGAUGAGUCUGUUUGAUUAUCUCAGCAGUGAUAGGUCACUUCCACUAGAACAGCUUCAACGUUUCCCUCAACUUUUAGAGAACAUUCAUUGCUUAGAGCUACCUUUUCAGAUGAGCUCAGUGCUAAACAGCUCUCUGCUACUUCACUAUAUUAAUUGUGUCAAAGAUGAGUCGAUCUUACUGAGGCUUUCUUACUGGUUGAGUCAAGCAUUACAAGAAGAAUGUGUGUGGUAUAAUAUGAAUAAUUAUGAACAAGAAAAGGAAUUUAUAAACUUCCUGGACAUGGUCAUCAAUGUGCAGUGCUUCUUACAGGAGGGAUUUUACUCCUGUGAGGCAUUCUUGUAUAAAAGCCUGCCUCUCUGGGAUGGCUUCUCUUGUCGGUCACAGUUCCUUCAGCUUCUGGCCUGGAUCCCAUUCAGUAGCUUCUCUGAGGUGAAGCCACUUCUUUUUGAUCAUCUAGCACCUCUCUUCUUUACAUCAACCAUUUAUUUCAAGUGUAGUGUUCUUCAAAGUCUGAAAGACUUACUGCAGAAUUGGCUGUUGUGGCUCUCUACAGAUGCCCAUGUGCAACCCACGACAGAUAGUCCACUAGAGACAACUUUGGGUGGAUCCAUGAGUUCUGUGUCUGAAUUAAUUGAGUACAUUGGCUGGCUGUCCAUGGUAGCAGUGCGCUUGGAGAGCAGCAGUACAUUACUGUUGCACUUUAUUUUGGACUUCUAUGAGAAGGUGUGUGACAUAUAUAUUAAUUAUGACCUUCCACUGGUAGUGUUGUUUCCUCCUGUGAUCUUCCAUUCUGCACUCCUAAGUCUGGAUGCCACUAUCUUGAACCAACUCUGCUACAUUAUGUACAGGUAUCGUGAAAAUUUAACAGCUGCCAAAAAAAGGAACUCUUUGCAGAAGGCAAAAUCAGAGUUCAAUCUCAGCAGCAAGGUCUGCAAAGAAUUUAAUUACUAUUUGACAACUAUGGUUUGUUGCCUAUGGAUGUCCAGACCAUUUGAAAAAGGAGUAUACAUUGAUCCCCAAAUCAUAGAAAAUACUGGAGAAGCAGAGUAUAAAAACACCUUAAAUUUUGUCUACCAUCCUUCUCUAUUGAGCUAUGCAGCUUCCUUUUUGCUACAGGAGAGCCCAGAAGAAAUGACAGUACACCUGAGCUCUAUUCAGGGAAAGAAAUGGAACUGGUAUUUGGACUAUUUAUAUUCAGAGGGUUUUCAAAGCUUAAAACUUUUCAUAAAAAGUAGUAUCCAUUGUUCUUCUGUAUCCAAAACAGAGAAAACCACAUGGUAGACACUGACAUUAACAAAUGCCAUGCUGGACUAAAUUUCUCACUGCUAGAGAGGCUAAGUAGUUCAGCAUGAGUUUCCAUAUCCAUUUUCCAAGUCGAUUACUAUUUUUAAGGAGCAUUGAGACUGGCCUUCUGUCCAUGGCUCAGGAGAGCCUUGGUGUUUACUAACUUAAUUUUAGUAUUCAGAUUUUAAGGUUACUAAUGAAAAAUAAACUCUUCAUCAUCCAAUUCUGCCUUCACUGAAUUAUACAUGAAGAGACACAUCUGCUUUCUAGUAGGAAAUUUGCUUUGUGUUUUUGUCUGCUAUGUUAGUGGAAGAGAACAAGCAAUAUAAAUUGUUACUCCUCAGACAUACUUACACAGAAUACUCUGCAAUCUCUGAAGUCCUGGGGAUAUUUUGCUUUUCUAGGAUACUAAUAAUAGUAUGCAGCCCGUGUGACUCUUAGCAGUACCGAGAAGCUGAUGACUACCUGGGCCUGCAUUGGCAGUAGUUGUAUGAGGGAAGGGAGAGGAAAAGGUGAAGAAAUUCUAUUUUAUUUGUUUAAUUUCCUGAAAGCACUAUAUUUGAAUGUAUAUGUGUAUGUAUGUAUUUAUGUAUAUAUUCAGAUUUUAAAUGGCCAGGCCUAAAUAAACUAUGUUUAGCUUUA